AUCUAUCUAUCUAUCUAUCUAUCUAUCUAUCUAUCUAUCUAUCUAUCUAUCUAUCUAUCUAUCUAUCUAUCUAUCUAUCUAUCUAUCUAUCUAUCCACACAUGUAUCUAUCUAUCUAUCUAUCUAUUUAUCUAUCUAUAUAUAUAUAUAUAUAUAUAUAUAUAUAUCUACAUCAAUAUAGUGAAUGGCUAGUCAAGCAAGUAGAAUGGAAAGUAAAUUAUAUACAAGUCAUUUAAUGAAUUCAUCAACAACUCCAACUAUUACAACUAAAUCUACAUUACCUAUUAUUGAUCAAGAUGGAUAUACAAGGAGUUAUUUUAAAGAACCUAUUCCAUCAUCAUCAUUAUUCUCAUCAACACCAUUGUUCACUUCAACUCAUCCUAGAAUUGUAUCAACAAAAGAUAUUGGAAAUAAUAAUAAUAUGAAUGAUAAUACUAUUGAAACAUACACUAAACGUACUAUUCAUAGUAAUGAAUUAGGAUCUAGAUUAUCACCAAUAAUAACAAAUAGACAAUCAAAUGAAUUCAUGAUAAAAUCUACGGAACCAUCAUCACCAAUAGUGGAUUAUUUAUUAUAUGAUGCACCAGCAUGGAUGAGACAAUCUAAAAUAAAAAAUCAUAAAGUAAUUAGUAGUGUGAAUAGUAGUUCAACAAUAUCUUCUAAUAUUAUAACAACAACAACAACAACAGCGACAGCGGCAGCAGCCGCAGCUGCAACCGCAGCGAGAACACCAGUAGUGACAACAAUAUCACCAUCAUCUAAUAUAACGCAUAUUGUUAAUGAUACAAAACCUAAUACAGAUAAUAUUACAAUUAUACAUAAGGAGAAUGUGAAGAAUAUGAAUUCUGGUAAUCGAAUAACAAUACAAUCCGAUUUAAAUAAUAAUAAUAAUAAUCAUUUCAUACGAUCAUCAAGUCCUCGAUCGAAUGGAUCAUUUCGAUUUGUAAAAUCUGGAUCACGUAAAUUUCCAGAAAUGAAUCCAAAACUUAAUCCUCCUACAUACAUGCAGAAAUUGGAUGAUGUUCUUGUUGAAAAUGAAAUGAACACUGAAUCAUUUAAAACAAUAAAAAAAUCUAAUAAAUUCAAUCUAAACAAAAAUCCUGAUCAUGAUGAAGAUUGGACUGUUCAUGAUGGAUCCCGUAGAUUUACACCAAUUUUAUCAUCACCUAUAUCAAUCAAAACACCACCACCACCAUCCCAAUUCCAAUCUCAAUCCCAACUUAGACCCUUAUCACCACCACUACCACCAGUACCCCCAACAACAACAACAACUAUACCAUUAAUUGAAAAAAUUAAUCAAUUAACUACUAUCAAUAAAUUCAAUGAAAUCAUUCAACCAAAUUAUAAAGAAAAUCUAUUUACUGAACAAAAAUCAAUAUGGAAUAAAACGAAUAAAACAUUAACUCAAUUCAAUGAACAAUUACCUAAUUAUUCAAAUAAAUUCAAUCAUCAACGUAUUAUACAUAGUACACCAUGUAGUCCUACUAUCGAAAGAAAUAUCCUUAUUAAACCUAUUCAUAAUCAUGAAGAUGAUGAUGUUAUAUUAAGAAAUCAUAAAAAAUCAUCAAUUGGUUUACCACCACGUCCAUUAAGAUCACCAAUUAUACGUUUAAAUGGUCGAUCUAUGUCACCAAUACAUCCUCGUAUAUCACCAUUACCAUCUUGUACAAAUAAUGAAGUAACUAAAACUAAACAAAUUGAUCCUAUUACUGGUGAAAUUCAAUAUAUCACAUCUAGAACAAGAUCAUAUACUGAUUUAAAUACUAAUCAAUUAAUUACAGAAAUAGAAGAAAAUAUACAAGGUGAAGGAGAUACAGAAGUAAGAGUUGUUCGAAGGAAAACACGUAAAAUAAAACCGAAUACUUUUAGAGAAUCACGAAGUGUGGAUAGUUCAGGAUUUGUGAAAGAUUCAAGAAUUCGUCAAUCUACAGAACAAACACAAUCUGAUCAAAUUCAACGUGAUUCAAGAACUCAUCAACGUACAGAAGAAACAAAAACUGAAAAACAUAUUGAAGAAGAGUUAAAUUAUCAAUGCUCUUCAACGAAAGUUCAACCUCAAAGAACAUCAAGUCAGAUGAAUAUUAGUGGACCUAAUACAAUGACUAGAACUGCAUGGUUGUCAGAAACCAAUUUAAGGAAUAGUUCAACAUGCAAACAACCACCAAUGUAUUCAACUUAUUCAGCUCAUAAAGAAAAUAUGAGACGAAUGCAAGAACAAAGAAGAACAACAGAAGAUUGGCAAGCUUCAAAUCGACAAUUACAUGAUUCCAGAUCAGUGGGUAGUCGAGCUGUUCUAGAAGAAAUGGAAACGAUAACAUUACAACCAAUUGGUCGUGGUGUACACGACUUGGAACCACCAACUGGUUCUAUAGCUAGAUCAGUUCGUGCUACAACACCAAGUGGUUUAUCAACAUUUCCAACAUUGUUUAAUCGACCUCAUUCAUCCGCUGGAAGAAUAGAUCUAUCAAUAUCAGGAAUAAAACGAUCUAUUAGUAAAGAUUAUUAUAGUCCAAUAAGAAUGCAACGUAGUACUAUUGAUAUACCAUAUAGUCAAACUACACAAGCAUUAUUAAGUCCAUCUAUCAAUCGACGUUUAGUUGGUUUCACUAAUACUGGUCAUUCAUCACGAAUUUCAAGUAUCAAUAAAACUGUACUACCUAUCAUUCAUCAUCAUGAUCAUCAUCCUCAUCAUAAUAAUCUAGUGUAUAAUAGUAGUCAUGGUAAUAAUAAUAAUAAUAAAUGGAAUUCUAUGGAUCAUCAAUCAUUGGAAUUAUUAAAUCAAACAUCUAUGAAUAGGAAUUCAUAUGCCAGGCAAACUCUUACACAGAAUAUUCAAGAAAUGACACAGAAACAACGAUUAUUAUUAUUAUCAUCAUCAUCUAAUCAACAAUAUUAUCCAAUAUCUAGUCAUAAUAAUAAGUUAGCGAAUAGAUCAUACGCUCCUGGAUUAGAACAACAAGAUGGUUUCCGUACAAUUGCAACAACAAAUUAUCAUCGUGAAAUGCAUACAUCUGGGCCACAAUCACCAUAUCUUGGGACAAUCAGACAUAAUUCACAAUAUGAAGCAACACCAAUAGUGAAUCGAUCAGUAGUUCAACAAUCUGUUAUACCAUUUUCACCAAAUGGAAGUUUAUCUGGAACGAAUAUUGGUGUUGAUAUUGUCGAUGGUGAUACAGUAGGAAUGCGUCAAGUUCUUGAUACAUCUAAAUAUUGGUAUUUACCAGGAAUCUCACGUCCUGAUGUUAUUGCAUUAUUACGUGAUAAAGAACCUGGAACUUUUGUUAUACGUAAUAGUAAUACAUAUGCUGAUAGUUUUGGUUUAGCAUUAAAAAUUCCUCCAAAUUCACCUAGAGUUAUAUCGAAUAAAGAGGAUAUUCAGUCUGAAUGGGUACGUCAUUUUCUAAUUGGUACAGUACCUAUGCAUGAUGGUCGUGGUAAUGGAGUACAUUUACGUGGUUUCUCUAGUGAUCCAACAUUUCCAAGUUUAGCAGCAUUUGUUCAUUAUCAUAUUCAUAAACAAGGUGCAUUACCAUGUACACUUCGUCUUCCAAUAUUUAAUAAUCAAACAUUAUAUAAUCAACAAAGAACUACUAUUAAUGAACAAACAGUUUAUGGAUUAGAACCUUCAUUACAGACAAUAUUACCAACUACUAAUACAAUGAGUACGGAUAUGCUUUAUCUUGGUUCUGUUGAAGUAGAUCGUCUUGAAAAUAUGAAUGCAGCAAUUCGUGGAAUUGGAAAAAUAAUAAGUUUAGCACAAUCAUAUACAGAUGGUUUACCAAAACGUUGUGAAGUUCAAAUUAAAGUUAUACCACAUGAAGGAAUUACGUUUACGGAAAAAUAUAGACGUGCUGUUUGGAGAAAAACUAUUAAACCUAAUAAUUUACUUUGGUGUGGUUUAGAUCCAGAAAAUCGAGAAUUUAAUGAUGCGGAAUUACGAUCUAAAGGAAUGUAUGGUUCAAAAAUAUUUGCAUUAGUUGCACGUAAACAACGUUUCUGGUUACAUGAUAAUGUAGUUUAUGUAUUUUGUGAAAUUGAUCAUAAUCAUUCAGCUAUUCAAUUAGUACGUUUUAUUAAUUCUAUCUUUCCUGGUUUAAGGGAUUAAUUGAAUGAUAUUUCUUUCAUAUAUAAAUGAAUAUAUGUUCUAUAUAUUUCUAUAUAUAUGUAUGUUCAUGAAGGAUCUUCUAUUUCAAUCAUUCUCAAUAAAGUUCCUUUCACCUAAUAUGAAUUGUUUGUUUGUUUUUUAAUUGAUCAUUUUAUUCUAUUUAACAUUGAAAACAAUCUGGAUCAUCAUUUUGUCUUAUUGAUAAUGAUGCUGUUGUUGAUGGGGAAUGAAUGAAUGAGGCAAUCCAUUAAGAUAAUGUUUACACAAUUUAUUCAUGAUUGAUAUUUCUUUCUUUUUUUUUCUCUUUUUCUUUUUUUCUUUUGCCACUUUCGUUAAUUGACUUUUCUUUAUUUUAACUAAAUUCAAUUCAUAAUGAAUCAAUUAAUGAUUUCGAAGGAAUUUUUUGUUUUUGUUUUUUUUUUAAAAAAAGAAAAGAGAAAACAUUUUCGGGUUUUUUUUCUAAACUUUUUUCUUAAUUUCACAUUUAUAACACACACACACACACAUCUAUAUAUAUAUACAUGAUACAAUCAAUGUUGAUCUGUUUCAUUUUUAAACUACCGCCACCACCACCACUACUAUGACGACGACUUCCGACGAUACUGUUAACAAUACUACUACUACUAACUAUACUACUUAUAUACAAUACUAUACUAUUUAUUCUAUAUAUCUGCUUCUAAUUACUCAAUUAUCGAUUUAUUUAUUUGUUUAUUUAUUUAUUUACUUGUUUACAAAUAAUCGUUUCCAACUUGAAUUCGUCUAUGUUUAAUUGAAAUUAUAUUUGGAAAAAAAACAAAUAAAACAAAACAUGGCGUGUUCAAUAUUCAAUGUUUCUUAUUUAACAUAAAUAAUGACGAUUGUUCGUCUGUUUGUUUGUUUGUUUGUUUAAAUGUAUUCAGUUGACCUUGAGUAGUGUUAGUUUACUGUUUUUUUUUAAAAAAAAAAAAAAAAAAGAACCGGGCUUUUCAAAACUUUUAUUUAUUUUACAGGUUACUUUCUUCUUUUUCUUUUUCUUUUCUCUCUUUCUUUUUUCAUUUUUCUUUCUAAAUGAUAAAUAUUAAUUAAAAUGACUAGUGUAUUCUAUCAAUAAACUUGAUUGAUAUAUAUUUAUUAAUUUCAAUGGGAAAUAAUGAGUUCAAUUACGUAAUGAUGUUAUAUAGAAGCCUAUAAAUCUUUUUUUUUUCUGAAGACUAUAUACAUAUAGAUAUGUGUUGCUUAAGUAAUAGUUAUAUAUAUAUACAUGUAUGUUUAAUCUCUACCAUUUGGGUUAUUGGUUUAAAUGAACAAAUAUUUAUCAAAAUGCCUUUUGACUACUUAUUUAUUUAUAAAGCAUUCAUAAUGUUCUCUCUUUCUCUCUCUCUCUCUCUAUUACGUUUUGUCAUUCACAUACACACACACACACAUACACAAACAAACAAACACGCACAUGCACGCGCGCACACAUAUACACACACAAUCAAUAACAUGAAAGCUGAAACACUUAAACUAUAAAUGAACUUUAUCAAGCAUGAGAUAUAAUACGUAUCUAUGUACUUAAAAACAAGACAAAACACCAUGUUCUUCUUCAUUUUUUCUUUUUUUUUUUGCUUAAGUUAAAACUGCUUUAGCUAAAAAUCAAUUUUAAUUUUGUACAAAUAUAUCAUAUUAUUAUAAUAUCCACAACAACAACAAGAACAA